AAUCAGUCAUAAUAAACAAACCCUCAAAAUUCUAAUUUUAUUGUUCUUGGCGAAGCAAUCACACAGUUCGUCGUGAAAUAUGGGUUCGAUUUCGCUGUGGGUUUUGCUUCUAUUCGUCAGUUUGUUCAAUUACGAUGUCGUUGCCGAGCAGAUCUUCCCGACUCAUACAGGUGGUUUAAGUCGCAGCUCUCGAGAACCAAAAUACGAUAUUGAGUUCCACACAGAAGAUUCACCAUUUCAUCCUGAUGAUGAUCAAGAAUCGGUGAUCAUGCCGAAGAAAAACGGAGAUAAGUUUCAGUGUUUCUUGCCUAAAGUGGAGAAAUCCAAGAGCGGGAAACCGACCAUACAUCAAAACACGACCAGCUUAAUUUUGGAAACCGAAAAACGCUUCAAAUUGAAGACGCCGGAUGAACUACUUGAAGCACUUAAGGACCGAUGCUUUAUCAGGCAAGAAGGUUGGUGGUCGUAUGAAUUUUGUUAUCACAAGAAGCUUCGUCAAAUUCACGUGGAGGAUGAAAGGGUUGUUCAAGAGUUUGUGCUGGGUGAAUACGAUGCUGAAGCUACAGCUGCUUACAAUCAGAACCUGUCUGAUGUUUCAACGUUGAAAGAUCCUCGAUCAAAAGAUGCAUCACAGAGGUAUCAUGCUCAUCAAUACACAAAUGGAACCACUUGUGAUCUUACAAACGAGCCUCGAGAAACUGAGGUGAGAUUUGUGUGUUCGGAACCUAGAGCUAUGAUUAGUUCCAUCACCGAGUUAUCAACAUGCAAGUAUGCACUCACAAUCCAAUGCCCAACGCUUUGCAAACACCCAUUGUUUCUAGAAGAAAGACCAGUUUGGCAUACAAUCAACUGUAACCCGCUCCCAAAAGAUUACAAACAACCAAAAAUGGAGGACGAUAUUAUACAGGGACCCAAGAUCGUAAUGGUAACCGAUAAGGAAUCAUCAUCAUCAUCAUCAUCGUCGUCAUCGAGUCUUCAAUCAGAAGAACACGCAACAUAAAGAUGUACGCAUAUUGCACGCCAUCUCCACAUCGCUAUAAAGGUAUAUCUUUGCAGAUUAGCGUGAGAUUAACCGACAGAAAGAUAUGCUGGUUGUGCCAAACAGUUUUAUGAUUUAUCGACAUUUUGAGGUAUAGUUUUUUCAGAUGAUAAUGAUAUAUAGUAAACCUGUGGAAGUCGAUGCUAGUCAAAAACCUAUGUGGUGUGAAUCUGGUUCAACGCAAUGGCACCUUGUUUAAUUGUUAGGAACAGCGGCAACUGCAUCCAAAUUUCCGUCUAACCGACAUUUAAAUUGCAUAUGAUUUUACGU